AUGCCAAAAGAGAGGAUCAGAUUCAUAGCGGAUACCAUAGAUGGCGCAGCAGAGCAGAUACUUCAUCUUUUGGAGGGUGCCGACAAUCAAAGAGAAGUGAUAUACUUUCAUGGCUGGUCGGGGUGGGGAGCAUCUGCUGUACUCAAAGCAGUCGUCAAACAACUAAGAUCAUCAUCUGGAUUGGCUGACACUGGGACAGCAAGGGACUUGGGAAAGAUCAUCCACGUUGAUGUCUCACAGUGGCAAAGCAAGAGAGCCCUACAGAAGGUGAUUGCAGAGGAGCUUGAGCUACCCCCGCAGGUGAUGGCACUCUUUCACCAGCAUGAUGAGGAGGAUGAUUUUGAUGGGGUGGAGCAGAGAGAUAGAGCUGUGAUUCCUUACGUCAAAGCAGCGAUCAUGAAUGAACUUAUGGCUCGCAGAUUCCUUGUGGUUUUGCACAAUGGGAGUGGCAGCUACAUCGAUCCGUGGGAGGCCGGUGUCCCUGUAAUAGGGCAAUUGAGCAGGAGGGUGUUGUCUACAUCUCGAGGCAGGUUCGGGCAUCAUGCCAAAGAUGGGCAUGGAACGUCUUGGUGGUUGCAUGAUGUGGAGUCAGCUAAAUGGAGCGAUGCAACUAUAUCUGUUAUGUCAUCACUAAUUUUUGAGGAAGAUACAUUUGCAAGACUUCAAAUCCUUAGGCACGCUCUAUAUGCAGAGGCCGAGGAGGUUGCUAACUGCACAGGUGUCCCUGAACCUGACAUGAGCCCAAAGAUUGUCAUUCAAUGCAUCUUGUAUAUGGCACUGAGACACAAUGUCAACAUCAGUUGGGAGUCCCAUGCGUCCAACUAUUGGGUAUGUGAUGCGAUCAUACAUAAUGGCACUGACUGUGGCAGGUCGGCAUGGGAGAUUGGCGACGCUUUGCAGAGGAACAUGAUCAUGGAUUUUUGUAGUAAAUGUGCUGAAGAAAUCCGUAAUGCGCCGAGGGUUGAACAGCAGAGGUUUCUCGACCAUUGGGUUUCAGGGCUUUCAGUUAAUUACCAGAAGUCAAAACAACUCUGUUAA